AUGCCACAGAGAUGUCUCGAACAUCACGGGAGUGAAAUGGUCGAACUUGAAGGUCGUGUUCUUUUUGAUGCGCACACUAAUGAUGAAGAAUUUGUCUCCAAAAACAUCACUGGAGCUCUCGAGGAGAAGGGUAUAACAACAAGUCUAGUGGAUUACGAGUUUCUUCCAGGAACGGACAUCAGGGAUGAAAUAUUUGGAGUUUUGUACAAUGCUAGGCGUCUUAUUUUUGUGUUAUCACCUGACACAUUAAAAGAUGAACAGUUGAUGUACCGCCUGUCAAUUGCCAUAACAGUUGCACUGAGAAGACAGGACAACUUCCUGCUGAUUUGCACUAGGAGUAAUUUAGAUUUUGACAGCAGAUACCUAACAACUGACGUUAAAACAUUCCUUAAGAACUUUGUAUACCUUGAAAGUGAAGAUGAAAAUCUUUCUCAUAGACUUUGGAAAGCUAUUACGUUUUCAAACGAAAUAAGAAUUGGCGAAGAUCGACAUAUAUGGCACAAUGGCGAAAACAUCCGGCUUCUGGAGGACUAG